AUGGACUCAUCAUGUCAAAAACGUUUGACGAAAGAAUACCAACAGCUCACACUUGAACCACCAGCUGGUGUCCACGUCAAGGAUGAAUCAACACAAGAUUUGCGACUUUGGACGGUUCAUGUUGACGGUGCUCCUAAUACACUUUACGCUGGAGAACAGUUUACGCUCAGAUUCCGUUUUCCGGAUGAAUAUCCUUUUUCUUCACCAGAGGUUAUUUUCAUUGGUGAUAAUAUCCCUAUUCAUCCGCAUGUAUAUUCGAAUGGUCACAUUUGUUUGUCGAUCUUGAGUGACGACUGGACUCCUGCGCUUUCUGUGCAGGCUAUUUGUCUCUCUGUUUUAUCCAUGCUUUCUUCAUGCAAAGAGAAAAAACGACCACCGGACAAUGCUGUCUAUGUGCGUACUUGUAGUAAAAGCCCAAAUAAUACCCGGUGGUGGUUUCACGAUGAUACAGUGUGA